AUGGCUGAAACUCAGAAUAAGAAUGGGGUCAAUAGAAAAGCAUCAUUGGAGUUGGUGCAUAUAGAUGGACCAUGUUCCCAUAUAAAGCGUGACAAUGUUGAUAAUGAGAACAAUUUUACGAGGGACUAUGAAAGGGUGAAGUACAUUCAAUCCCGAAUUUCUAAGAAUAAUAGUUUCAAUGAUUUGGAUUCAUUUACUACCAUACCAACUAACCCAGGUCCUCCACUUUCGACUUUGAAUUACAUUAUUGAUAUUCGUCUUGGGACGCCGGAGAAAACCUUGCAAAUGGUAUUUGAUACGGGCAGUCAUCUCACAUGGACCCAAUGUUAUCAAUGCAAGUCAUGCUAUAAACAAGCCAAUGCAAGAUUUAAUCCAUUAAAUUCUUCAACAUAUGAGGCUUCAGAUUGCUUAGAUGAUACAUGCGAAGAACUCAUAAGCAGUGGACAAGGUCUGAGUUGUAGUAAGAAUGUACAUCUAUGCCACUACCGUAUCUAUUAUGGUGACAGAUCCUCUAGCAGGGGCUUCUUUGGCAAGGAUCGUCUCGCCCUAUACAGCAACCUCUACCCUACCAAGCCCGGCAUCACUGAUGAAUUCUACUUCGGUUGCGGCAUAUUGAUGAAGGGAAAUUUUGGUCGCACUGCAGGCAUUUUUGGCCUUGGCCGCGGAGAGCUCUCCUUUAUGUCUCAGACUUCGUCACAGUACAUGGAAACCUUCUCCUACUGCAUCCCCAACAUUGAUAACGUGGGCUACAUCACCUUUGGCCCUGACCCUGAUGCUGACCGCGACGAGAGAAUCCAAUACACCCCUUUAGUCAACCCUCAAGCUGGCCUAUCACAUUACGCUCUCAACAUCACUGGCAUCGCCAUCGAUGGUGAUAUACUCAUGGGCCUUGACUUCAACCAAAUCGACCACGGCGGCUUCAUCAUCGACUCCGGCUGCGUCCUCACCCGCUUACCCCCCUCCAUCUAUGCCAAGCUCCGCUCAGUGUAUCAACAACGUAUGUCCUAUUAUCCCUCCGCGCCCAAGUACAUUCCAUUUGAUACGUGUUAUGAUCUUAGUGGAUUUCAUUAUCCGAUUCCUGAAAUGUCAUUCGUGUUUCCCGGUGUCACAGUGGACCUUCCGCGGGAAGCCACUUUCCAUGAGAUCAAACCAAAGCAAUAUUGUUUGGCAUUUAUGCCCAAUGAAUAUGAUAGUCAAACUAGCAUAUUUGGGAACCUCCAACAAAAGACCCUUGAGAUUGUGCAUGAUAACCUGGGUAAUAAAGUAGGAUUUCGUCCUAAUGGUUGUGGUUGA